CAUCCCAGCGGACCUGCGGGACCCGUUCUACAUGGAUCAGUACUGCGUGGAGCACAUCAAGCCUCUGGUGCUGUCGCUGCUGCUGUCCUCUGAGCUGUACUGCAGGGUGUGUGGGCUGCUGCUGAAGGGCGACCAGGCGUCUGCGCUCACCUCCCAUCAGGCCGUCAUCCAGACGCUCGCACGCCGUGGGAUAUGUGUCAGAGAAGCAGACAACACGCCCGUCUCCUACGACGACCUCUCCUCCACCCCCAUUAAGAUGAGUUCUCAUAUCCCGCUGAUAGACGCUCUGAUGAUGGCGUAUACGGUGGAGAUGAUGACUGUAGAGAGAGUUGUGGCGAGUGUGAAGCGCUUCUCCACCUUCUGCGCCUCUAAAGAGCUUCCCUUCGACAUGGAGGACACCAUGCUGUUCUGGAUCAACAAGGUGAUUCUGAAGACGAGGGAACUCUCCGAGAAGGAACUCAAGAUGAAACCGCCACUGAUGGAUUCGCCGUGCCAUCAGAAGCCUGAUCUCAUGAACGCUUUGGCCCAUUGCAUGCUGGAACCGGUGGAAUUCUCUCGUGUGGUACGGUACCGUAGAGAACACCUGUCCGGCCGGCCGUUCCCACACCUGGCUGUGAUGGAGGAUCUGAUGAAGGAUGUUUGUGAUGGCGCAGCUCUGCUAGCGGUCGUUCACUUCUACUGCCCUGAAUACAUGAGGCUAGAUGAUAUUUGUCUGAAGGAGGUGCCGUCUCUAUCGGACAGUGUGUAUAACAUCCAUCUGCUCCGGGAGUUUUCUAACGAAUACCUGAACAGGUGUUUUUACCUGCACACUGAAGAUCUACUCUACAGCCCACCAGUGCUGAAGCAUAACGUGAUGGUUUUCAUUGCUGAGCUCUUUUGGUGGUUUGAAGUAGUGAAGCCAGACUUCGUAAAGCCAAGAGACCUUCAAGAGAUUAAAGAUGUGAGAGCGUCUCUUCAGCCAAAGAGUUCCCGCCCCCAUGUGCCCAUAUCCAAUGCCACCAAGCGAAACCUCUUAACUCCCUCCCCUUCAGCCGACUCGCUAGCGACAGCUGCCACUCCUGAUGGUUGUAUGCGGUAUUACUUGCACCCUGAGGAGUCCUUGUCUGUUUUCAGAACAAACAGAAGCCCCUCCCACCCGCUCCUCCCACUGCGACAGAGACCGCAGAAGCCUCAGGGGGAGGAGAAUUCAGAGCUCAGGAACAGGUCAAACUCUUUGUCCCGUAUGGAUGGACUCAUGCUUGGAUCACAGUUUGCCUGGACAGAACGGAAACAAAGGCCCAUCUCUCAGAUGGAGAUGGAUUGGGAACGUGUAUGUGGCGAUAAUAUCAGCUUGGCUCGAUCCAUAAGCAAGGACAGUUUAGCUUCUAAUGUCGUCGUCAUCACUCCACGACACCGCAUCAACGGCCAGCCCCUCCCCCAGACACGUCACUAUGACAACCAGGAGGAAGAGGAGGAGCUACUGACUGUGAUUAACCCAGAGGGCGCAUCUGCAUCCAGAGACGCCCGACCCGAGAGUUUCUUCUUGGAACCAUUGCAACCUGCGGUUCUACGUCCAAAUAAGGAGAAAACGGAGGUUAGUAAGUGGGAGGAGAGUGGAGAGGGGCGGAGUCAGGGACGCAGGGGGGCGUAUACACCGACAGAAUGCACUCUCAACCGGAAGUUUACGCCGAUCGGUAGCAUAGAGCAAGCAAGCUCUCGAGCUCAAUCUCCCGGAAGCUUCUUCCUGCACGACGACGUGGAGUGCGAGCGGGACAGUCCGCUCGACGACGUGGAGUGCGUGCGGGACAGUCUGCUCGACGACGCGGAGUGCGUGCGGGACAGUCCGCUCGACGACGCGGAGUGCGUGCGGGACAGUCCGCUCGGAGGCUGGGAGGACAUCGCCUCGGAUUUGGAGUUUGAGGAAGAUGACGAAAUAGAGGUCCAAGAGCAAGAGAUUUCCAAAGCAGUUCUGAUGCACGCUGGGAGGAAAUGCAUAGGACUCGGAGAGGAAGAGGAGUCGGCGAAACUGCGCCAGGAUGUUUGCUUGCGCGAACGGUACGAUAAAGAAGGCGCGAGUGGAAGGGCAAGUCCUUGCCCGAGCAUGUUGUCGCAGGCCAGCAGCACGUCGACUGGCACUGGCCGCAUGACGAGUUUCGCAGAACUCCGUAGACAUGGAGUCGGAUUCCCCGAUGGUUGCUGCAGCACCGGGAGCUCGCAGACAACCACUCCUGAUGGAUCAGAAAGCGUGCAAUUCCCUUCGGAUGCGAGUCCGGGAACGCCAGGUGGCCGACCUGGUCUCACUUCCGAACUCGUACACCUUCGCAUGCAGCUGGAGGAGAAACGGCGCGCUAUUGAGAUGCAGAAAAAGAAGAUGGAGAACCUUUCGGCUCGGCAACGGCUGCAGCUGGGAAAAGCGGCGUUCUUUCAUGUCGUUAAAAAGGGGAGGAGAGACACACUGCCACACCCAAUGAAAACGGUAAUUGGGUGUAAAAAGAAAGCGCUUGCGAAGGAUGACUCAUGCGUUGAGAUUCUGAAAGCCCAAGGAAAAGACGCGGAGAGUAAAGAAACGCCGGUAGAGGAGGAUAGGGACAAUCGUUUGAGUGUAACAGGAGGGGGCGGGGCUUCGGAUGAUGUGGGCGGAGAACCAGAUCUCGGCGAAUGUAGCCGUUCAAUUGAGCUCCUGAACGAAGCGAUCGGAGCGAUACAGCAGCAAAUGAUGCAACUGUCUCUCCAGCAGGACUUGCUCAUGAAACAGACCAUCCAGUCCCCGCAGGAAACCAAACCGAGCACUGUGCCGCCCUUAAACGAACACCCGCCAGAGCAACCUGAGACUAAGUCACGCCUUUCCGUACAGUUCACGGAAACCCUUUCCACCACAACCAAACGUCCUCCCAGGCUCAGCUCGAGUCGUACGCCUCAAACGAAACCUAGCGACCUCAAACUGAGCAAAGAUACCAACAGUCGUCCAGCGGCGAAAGCAAGCACUCCGACACCGGGAGGCAGGACCCCCCGGGAUGAGAAUGAGGAAGAGGGCGGAGCUAAAGAGGGUGGGCGUGGCUCAAAAAGAAUUAUUCACAAUACUACAUUCAGACAGCAGGAUGCCGCAAACCGACGCACCGACAGCCUCGACUCGCCCCAAAACGAACUCCCCCUGCUGGAACCGUCGCCUGUCGAUCCAACCCAGGAGCGGAGCGAGUCCGGCGGCUCUGGAAAGGAGAACGUUCCGGUUCCGUCCGAGGAAAACCGAACGAAAGCACAGCUGAUUGAAGUGGACCUAUCUGACCUGGCUGAACCGGCUGACACUAGCACAGAACCUGAUGAGGAACCGAAAUCUGGACUGGGCUUCUUCUUUAAGGAUGAUCAGAAAACAGAGGAUGAGCUGGCUAAGAAGAGGGCGGCGUUCCUUCUCAAACAGCAGCGUAAGGCCGAAGAGGCACGAAUACGUAAGCAGCAGCUGGAGGCGGGGUCAGAGCUCAAACGAGAUGAAGCCAGACGAAAAGCUGAGGAAGAGCGUGUGCGUAAAGAGGAAGAAAAGGCUCGGAGGGAGUUGAUCAAACAAGAGUACCUGAGCAGGAAGCAGCAAGAACUUCUGGAGGAACAGGGUGUGGCCAAACCACGCCCACGUAACAGGAGGCCCCGCCCUAAAUCACUGCAUCGUGCUGAAUCUUCCUGUUCUGCUCCGGUUAGUCUUUGUUCUGCUCCCUCUGGAUCGUCUCUCUCAUUGGCCUCUGCUGCUACUGAAGGUGACAGUGUGGCGUCAGGAGGGGCCAGUUCACACAGGUGAG